AUGGUCAGAGGCUCGAGGCAGUUCCACUCCAAGUCCAGGAGGUGCAAUCUCGAGGCGCCCAUCUGUUUCAACUGCCGCAGGCGGGGCGAGCCGUGCGACUACCUCGACACCCUGUUCGGUCUCGAGUCCUCGGCGUGGUCUAAAACGGACCAGUCCCUGUCACUGGAGCUCGACAGCGUUGUCUCUGACCUGCCCAUGGCCACGCUGCACUGGUUCCUCAGCACGAUACCCGUCUUCCCGGUCCUGUCUCCGGCCGAGACUGCCUGGCUCGCAGGCAUGCUCCAGCAGCAGGUGCGGGUAUCGCCCUUCCUCAAGCUCAGCAUCGUCUCCGUCUGCGAGAUGCGCGAGUGGGUCGACUCGGGCGGCUCGUCGGAUGCGCUCUACGUCGCCGCGCACCAGCACAGCAUCGACGCGUCGACCCGGUUCCGGCUGACGCAGCUCGCCGUCAGCGACAGGAGCUGGCCCGCCGCGCUCGCAUUCGGCCUCAACAACAUCAUUUUCCAGUUUGCGCAGAGCCAGCGCGUCCACGGGGUCUUUGACUACAUCACCGUGUUUCGCGUUCUCAGGGGCACUCUGAGUCUGACAGCUCAUUUGCGGCCCUUUCUCUUCAGCGAUCCCCUGCAUGGGCUGCUGGCAUUGCGUUUGAAACAGCCUCCCGCUGCACUGGACCGCGCCGCCGCUGAAGCUCUGCAGCGGCUACAGGGUCUCGACAAUGUUCAUGUUCAUUGUGCGAAAGCCAUCGUUUCCCUGGCCGGCUGGGCCCGUGCUGUCAACGGCCACCCGAGGUCGUGGCUGCACUUCAUCGGCUGGCCCGUCGCGGUGACCCCCGAGUACUUGGACAUGCUCGAACAAGGAGACUCGCUGUCUCUGGUCAUCUUCGCCCACUGGACUGCCUUUAUGCACCGCGCGCCGCCACGUUGGUUUUCGAAAGGCUGGGCGCGGAGAGCCGCCACGGAUGCAAUGGCAAAGGUCGAUCAGGCGUGGAGGGAGCAUCUUGAUUGGCCGAUGGCGGAGGUAGGUAAUGAGACUCCUCCUGAGUGUGAGGUAGUCGUGUCCACUGGUUGA